AUGCCUUCACUCUCUGAGGUGGAUAGUAACACGCAAAAAUGGAAAAGCGCGAGAAAGGCUACCUUUUUAUCUUUUCAAGAAUACAAGAACACUAUUAAUCUUGGCCUUGAAACGAAUGAUCCCUCGCCUAGUGUCAGGCCUGCUAGAUUCUUCCAAGCCCAAAGAACGAAUCCAAUUCUUAAUGGUCGACCGCUUAAUAACAAUGAUAUUAUUUCUGCAGCAACAGAUAGCUAUGACAAUGAAGAUGAGCGUAUGAUUAAAACGAGAGAUGUAUUGUCAAAAAAAUUAGGCACCAUAUCGGUGAUUGAGUACGGGAUAAAUAAUUGCAAGGACAAUGGGGUGAUCACGGCAAAAGCAGGUAUCUACACCACUUAUGUGGUAUUAUUGGAAGGAAAAAGUGAGAUUGGAUCGGAUAACGCUGAUCCCAGCAUUCAAGGAGCAAUUACUGUGCAAAUUCAUAUACUUAUGUGGCAAUUGAUACCUUCCAUUCAGGUUGACAAAAUUCAAGAAUGCUGUUACGCUCCAUCUUUCAUUGUUGCUAUUGCCGGUCCGUGGGUUUGUGUUCUCGGCGCUGUCUUCCUUAGCAGGGUAAUGGUCCAGCUAAUGACAGACUCCAUUCCACUUACGGUCAACCUACGAAAUAAUAAUCAAGUAAAACGGAUUGCUCGUCUUUUUAAAGCAUUACGAAUUGCUUUUAUACAUCUCAGCAACUUUUACAAUAAUUUGGACUUAACUUCAUCGAAUCAGCCGUAUUUUCCUAUCUUCGACAUUUUCAUUAUAAAAACAAUAUCACUAAGUUUAUCUAUGGAAAGCUAA